AAAUCUUUAAUUAAUUCCGAUAAACGACAAAAUGAGAGAUCCACCCAAAACUUUGGGCAUUACAUUCAAUGCACCAGAUAGUGGACUCAAUUCGGGAGCACCAUCAACAUCAGGAAGACACAAUAGUUUGGAAGAUAUUAAUUUGGAUUCAUUUCUAAAGACAUCCAACUAUGAAGAUACUGUUAAACAAUUGGAUAUUUACUAUGGAAUUGUUAAACGACAAUUGUUGCGUUUUCAAAGUCCCAUUACGGGUCUCUUUCCCGUGACGAGUAUUGAUCAAGAGGUGGGCAGUGUACGUGAUAGUGUCUAUUGUGCUGCUGCUGUAUGGAGUUUAUAUCAAGCCUAUCGUCGUAUCGAUGAUGAUCGUGGUAAAUCCUAUGAAUUGGGGCAAUCGACUGUCAAGUGUAUGCGUGGCAUACUCGAAUGUUGGAUAAAACAGGCAUCGCGGGUUGAACUUUUCAAACAGCGACAAUCAAAUCAACAUGCCUUACAUAGUAAAUUUCAUUUGCAUACCGGUGAAAUAAUUUAUUCGGAUGAUUUGUAUAAUCAUUUGCAAAUCGAUGUGGUAUCGUUGUAUUUGAUAUUUUUGGUACAGAUGAUAACAUCGGGAUUGCAAAUUAUUUAUACACAGGAUGAGGUGGCCUUUGUCCAAAAUUUAGUUUACUAUGUUGAACGUGCCUAUCGUACACCCGAUUUUGGCAUGUGGGAACGUGGCUCGAAAUAUAAUAAUGGCACACCAGAAAUUCAUGCAUCUUCAAUAGGCAUGGCCAAAUCGGCUUUGGAAGCCAUUAAUGGUUGUAAUUUAUUUGGUGAAAAAGGUGCCUCUUGGAGUGUGGUUUAUGUUGAUAUUGAUGCUCACAAUCGUAAUCGCAGUAUUUUUGAAACGAUGUUGCCAAGGGAAUCGAGUAGUAAGGGUGUUGAUGCAUCAUUGCUCUUGACAUUAUCCUUCCCAGCCUUUGCCUCACACGAAGAACGCUUGGUGGAGCAAACCAAAAAUAAUGUUAUAAAUCGCUUACGUAGCAAAAGGGGUUUUAAGAGAUUCUCACGUGAUGGCUUCCUUAGUAAAAAUGAAGAUAAAACGAGGAGAUAUUAUCACACUGGUGAAAUUAAAGAAUUUGAAGGUUAUGAAUGUGAAUGGCCCAUGUUUUUCAUAUCGAUGAUCAUUGAUGGUGUUUUCAAAAAUAACACCGAACAAAUUGAAGAAUAUCAAAAUGAGUUGAGACCAUGCUUGUAUAUAGAUUGUCAUGGUGAUCCGGUGGUAACCAUGUAUUAUGCACCAGAUGGCGAGGGGUCAUAUAUGAAGGCACCAUCCCAAUCUCUAUUCUUGUGGGGUCAAUCAAUGUUUAUCAUAGCCCAGCUACUAACUGGUGGCUUAUUGCAUAUCAAUGAAUUGGAUCCCAUACGCCGUUAUUUGCCAAGUUAUAAUAGGCCCAGACGUGCAGGUCGUUAUUCUGCCUUCCAGGGAAAAGCCUUCGAUGAGAAACACAACGCAAAACCUGGCACUGGUACAGCCACAGAUUUAGUUGUGCAAAUUGUAUUAAUUGCCGAAUCAAUGCGUCUGCAAGCAAUGAUGGCAACAUAUGGCAUACAAACUCAGACACCACAUGAGGUUGAACCCGUACAAAUUUGGUCUUCCACCGAACUCAUUAAGGUCUAUCAACAUUUGGGUGUUAAUAAAAAAGUUGGCCUCUCCGGUCGCCCACCUCGUCCCGUUGGCUCAUUGGGCACGAGUAAAGUUUAUCGUAUUUGUGGCAUGACUGUCUUAUGUUAUCCACUGAUAUUUGAAGUAUCGGAUUUUUAUUUAUAUCGUGAUAUGGCCCUAUUGAUUGAUGAUAUUAAAACUGAGCUACAAUUUGUUGGUAAAUAUUGGCGUCUAUCGGGUAGACCAACGGUCUGUCUGUUAAUACGUGAGGAGCAUAUGCGUGAUCCACAAUUUAAGGAAAUGUUGGAUUUAUUGGCCAUGCUGAAGAAGGGCUAUUGUGAUGGUAUGAAAGUUCGGAUUGGUCGUUUGCAAAAUUUAAUCAGUAGCUCUUGUAUGGAACAUUUGGAUUUCAUCAAUCAAAGCGAUUUAUCGGAUAAGGAAAAUGCCUUUGCCCAAAUAAAUCACGAAUAUAUAGGCUAUCAAUCAUUGACCGAUGUGCCAAAAGCCCAAACCUAUGUGGAAGAAAAAAUCUCAGUGGAGCACUACAAUCACAAGCCAACACAUGAAAUCAUCGAUGCCCUACGUAGUACCGAAUCCGUUUAUUGCCUCUGUCAAUUAUGGGGUAUUAUUUUGAAUCGUGAAGGUCCGCACUUUGAAGUCAACGGCUUAUCAGUUAUACAAGCUUUACAGCAAUUAUAUCAUCGUGCUGGUUCGUUACGUUAUUGGCGUGCUGUACGCUAUUGUUCAUCGCUUCUACAUCAUAUUGUGGAUUCAAUAAGUCCUUUCAUCACCACUGUCCUCGUCAAUGGUAAAGAGUUAACGGUCGGUGUAAUUGGACAAAAAGAAACGGUAUUCGAUAAACCUAUGACACCGGCGGAAAUUCAAGAAGUUAUGUAUAAGACUGUGCAGCCGUAUAAUGUUGUCCAGGCUGUACUGCAGCAGGAAGUUGUACUGUAUUGUGGCCGUUUGAUUGCAACAAAUCCCACCAUGUUUCGUGGUAUUUUGAAGAUCCGUAUUGGCUGGGUGUUGGAAGCCAUGCGCCUUUAUUUGCAAAUGUCUGGCCAGGAAUCAAUUGAUUUGGAAAAUUUAUCACCUUUCCAAGUGCGUAUAUUAUUGCAAAAGGUCUUAACUGUUAGUGAAUGGGCUGCCGAAGAAAGACUUACCACCCUACAACGUCGACAAUUGGAAGGUUGUUUGUGUCGUGUGCCCAAACAUUUCUACAAUAAAAUAUGGGAAAUUCUAAUGCGAACACCAUUGGGCAUUACAACACAGGGUCACUUGUUGCCGGCCACCCCAACCCUCAUCAAUAUGAGUCGAGGUGAAUUGAAUUUUUCGCUAUUGGUAGAAGAGACCUUGAUAUGCAUUGAGAAACCAGAAAGGCGACAAAUUACCGUGGAAUUAUUGUGUAUUAUUGCAACGAUUUUGAAUAGGAAUCCUGAGCUACAUUUUAAGCAGGCAUUGGAUUUGGAUGAAAUACUUAUGGAGGCAUUCUUAAUGUAUUGCAAGGAUAACAAUAUCCAGGACCACAACAACGAUAUGACACCAUUCUAUUCAUUGGUGUAUAAUGUAACCACCGGUUAUUUGGCCCGAGCUGCGGUCAAUAAAGUCUUACAAGGCGGUGCCUUUUCAACACAAGAUGACGACUUUAAUGGCGAUAAUUUACACGAUGAAACCUGCAAAGUUUCUUAG